AUGGAGUUCCACAAGGUUCUGUCCUCGGCCCCAUUCUCUAUUUGCUUUAUACUGCCCCUGUGGCUGAUAUCAUUAGGAGGUAUGAUCUUGAUUAUCAUAUAUAUGUUGAUGAUACUAAGCUAUAUGUGUCCUCUGAGGCGGAUAGUGACGUCGACUUGGUGAAGGCUCGUAUUGAAAACUGUAUAGUUGAAAUACGCCGGUGGAUGCUCUUUAAUGGAUUAAAGAUCAAUGAUGAUAAAACAAUAUCAGUUCUUAUGCACUCGAAGUUUCGGCCUUGUCCUUCGCUCCGCGAUUCAAUCAAAGUUGGAAAUCACUUGAUUCCUUUUUCGGGUUCGGCUACCAAUCUUGGUGUGAUUAUGGAUGACACACUCUCCUAUGAUGAUCAUGUUAAGAAAGUUUGCAAGUCCUCGUUCUUUCAUUUGAGGAAUAUUUCUAGAAUUCGCAAAUAUUUGACAAAAAAAUCAGUGGAGGUCAUAAUCCAUGCCUUGAUAACAACGAAGUUUGACUACUGUAAUUCACUCAUGUACGGCUUGCCUAAACGUCUUCUUUCGAAGCUGCAAUCAGUCCAAAAUUCGGCUGCUCGGAUUGUUACCUUGUCUCGGAAAUAUGAUCAUAUCACACCACUCUUAAUUCAACUACAUUGGCUUCCUGUUCACUACCGAAUCGUUUUUAAAAUUCUUCUAUUGGUUUAUAAGUCAAUGAACGGAGCUUGUCCACUCUACUUGUCUAGUUGCUUGCAACAUCGAACAUCCACCCGAUACCUCCGCUCAGUAGCAAAUGAGCUUUUACUGGUGCCUUCUUCCAAAAGUAAAACUUAUUGUGACAGAUCCUUCGCUGUAUGUGCUCCAAAACUAUGGAACAAACUUCCACACAGUUUGCGAAAGGCAUCCUGUAUAUCGACUUUUAAAAAGGAUCUCAAAACUUAUCUUUUUAAACUUUUUAUUAAUAAUAGUUCCCUAUAUCUUUCUUUUGAUUGAUAUAGCUGGGUCUGUAAGUUUAUUUAAGUAUACAGCAUGUACAUAAAUGUAAAUAAUUUUAUCGACUUCUUAUUUGUGAAGCGCCUUGAACUUUUGGAUAUGUGCGCUAUAGAAAUCGAGGAUAUUAUUAUUUAUAUUACCUCACACUGAGCACAAGGUUCCUCAACCUGAGGACAAGGUUCCUCACGCUGAGGACAAGGUUCCUCACGCUGAGGACAAGGUUCCUCACACUGAGGACAAGGUUCCUCAAGCUGAGGACAAGGUACCUCACACUGAGGACAAGGUUCUUCACAAUGAGGACAAGGUUCCUCACGCUGAGGACAAGGUUCCUCACGCUGAGGACAAGGAUCCUCACGAUGACGACAAGGUUCCUCACGCUGAGGACAAGGUUCGUUACGAUGAGGACAACCUUCCUCACCCUGAGGACAAGGUUCCUCACGCUGAGGACAAGGUUCCUCACGCUGAGGACAAUGUAUGUAUGUAUGUAACCUUUAUUUAAAGACGUUAGCCUCGUCAACGAUUUGUUGAUUUUCACGAGGGACGUCUGUUACUAUUAAAAAUUACAAAUAUGAUAUAGAAAAGAAUAAAAAAUUAUAUACAACUAUUUACAACACAAGAAUUAAGUUCCAAACCGUGUGACCCAUAUUUCUAAGGCAUGCAUAUACAGUUUAUUAGAAGAUGUUAGCGUGAAUCUUUCAGGCAGUUUUUAAAAGAAUAAAUUGAUUGCGCUAGCUUCGCAUCAGAAGGAAGACUAUUCCACAAUUUAGCUCCCCUAUACUUAAAGCUUUUUUUUAGAAAUUCUCGUUUUGGCUUAGCAAGGGUAAGGUCAGUAUAAGUAUUGCGUAGAUUAUAACUGGUUUGGACAAGGUCCCUUCUCAUUAGAGCAUCCUUCAAGUUCGGCCCAGCGCAAUCAUUUAGGACUUUAUACAUUAAUGUGGAUUUAGUUGUACGUUGUCUUAUCUCUAAAUUUUCCCAAGCAAGGGAUCGAAGAACAUCAGCAGACGUUAUUUCAUAGCUGGCGCCGGUUAUAAUUCUCGCUGCACGGUUUUGGAACUUUUGAAGCUUAUCUUUCAGCUGUUGGUUACAGACGUCCCAUAAUGGACUACAAUAAUCAAAAUACGGUUCUAUCAAAGCUCUGUAAAUGGUAUGCAGUGUAUUUAUACAAACAUAUGGCUUAAUUCGUUGCAUUGCUCCUAUGCCGGCCCCAACUUUCUUACAAAUCAUUUCAACAUGCUCAUGCCAAUUAAGGUUUUCAUCAAGUUUAACCCCAAGGCAUGUGUAUGAAUGAGCAAGAGUUAUGAAUUGGUUAUUCAUCAUUACUGGAAUAUCAUAAGUCAUAGUAUCAGUAUUAUACUUUGAACCGAUAAACAUUAAUUUGGUCUUAGUUGGGUGGUGUUGCAGUUUAUUUCGAGCAAGCCACUCACCGACUUAUUUCGGGUCAUUAUUUAGAUUUUCAGUAGUUCCUCAAUAGUUUUGGCAGAAGUAGAAAUUUGAGUAUCAUCAGCGUAUAGGUGUGGCGCAGUUUUUUCGAGGCAUUCGGGUCAAUCAUUAAUAUAUAAUAAAAACAGCAAGGGACCAAGAAUUGAUCCCUGCGGAACACCGCACACAAUCGCUUUAGGUGAUCACAUUGCACCGUUGACAAUGCAUGCUUGCUCUCUAUUAGUUAGAUAGGACUUAAACCAAUCCAGUUCCACAUUUUUUAUUCCAAAGUGAGCAUUCAACUUUUGCAAUAAGAUUGUAUGGUCAAUAGAAUCAAAAGCUUUUCUAAUAUCAAUGAAAACAACACCACUCAACUGACCAUUAUCCAUGUUCUCAUGAAGUGUGUCACACAUUUGAAUGAGUGUUGUUAAAGUUGAAUGCUUAGGCCGAAAGCCAGAUUGAUGUUUAGAUAGCAGCGAAUUAUCAUUCAAAAACUUAUAAAUCUGGUUGAAAACCGAUCUCUCUAGUAUUUUACUGACAAUAGGCAAUAUAGAUAUCGGUCGGUAAUUUUCACAUCUUUGUCUAUCAUCAGAUUUAAAAAUUGGCAUUACCCAUGCCUUUUUCCAUUCAUCAACAUAUAUCCCAGUUUUGAUUGAAAGAUUAUAAAUCCAUGUUAAUGAAGGACCAAUAACUUCCGCGGACAAUUUAAGAGCUAUAGCAGGGAUGUUAUCAAUACCGGUAGACUUUGAAAUUUUAAGAUUACGUAAUUGACAAAUAAUAUCAUCCAUACUAAUUUCAGAAAACUUAAAAUUUAUAUUAGAGUAAUAGUUAGAGUGGUAAUUUUCAUCAUCUGGAAAGUUCGUACAUAGAGAAUCGUUCUCAAUUUCAUUAGCCAAAUUUACCCCGAUGUUAACAAAGAAGUCAUUAAACGCCUCAGCUUUCAGAGUAUCAUCUGAAAUCACAACAUCAUCACAUUUCAGUUGAGAGAUAUUAUUUGAUUUUUUAUUUUUACCUAAGAGAAUAUUAAUUAACUUCCAACUAUGUUUCAUAUCUUUCGAUUGUGCGCAGUUCUCAAAUUUGUUACAGAAAAAUGCUGUUUUAGCUUUAGUUAGUUCUGAAUUGACUUUGUUACGUAUUUCUUUGAAUUUCUCCCAGUGAAUCUGGGAAUUAUUUUUAACAGCCUUUUUCUUGUAAGAGACCCUAACCCUCAUCAGAUUUUUGAUAUCAGGGGAAAUCCAAGGAAUAGAAUUUCCUCUAAGUCUCAUCAGUCUUAGGGGCGCAUGCCAAUCAAGGACGUGUAGGAAAAGGGAUCUCCAUACCAGCCAACAAAUAUUUGUGUUAUCAUAAAGCGCCACAUUUUCCCAGGGCAUCUGGGAAAGAUCAUUAAGAAAAUUAUUGGCAUUGAAUCUUUUGAAAUUGCGAACAUAUCUUGUCUUUUGCCGAGAUUUAGUGUACCUCACACUGAUGACAAGGUCGCUCAAGCUGAGCACAAGGUUCCUCACCCUGAGGACAAGAUUUCUCACGCUGAGGACAAGGUUCCUCACACUGAGGACAAGGUCCUUACGCUGACGACAAGGUUCCUCACUCUGAGGAACGGUUCCUCACGCUAAGGACAAGGUACCUCGACCUGAGGACAAGGUUCCUCAUGCUGAGGAACAGGAUCCUCACGCUGAGGACAAGGUAUCUCAACCUGAGGACAAGGUUCCUCACGCUGAGGUCAAGGUACCUCACGCUGAGGACAAGGUAUCUCACACUGAGGACAAGGUUCCUCACGCUGAGGACAAGGUUCCUCACGCUGACGACAAGGUUCCUCACACUGAGGACAAAGUACUUCACACUGGGGACAAGGUUCCUCAAGCUGAGGACAAGAUACCUCACAUUGAGGACAAGGUACCUCACACUGAGGACAAGGAUCAUCUCGCCGAGGGCAAGGUUCCUCACGCUGAGGACAAGGAUCCUCACGCUGAGGACAACGUAUAUCACGCUGAGGAAAAGGUUCCUCAAGCUGAAGACAAGGUAACUCACACUGAGGACAAGGUACCUCACGCUGAGGACAAGUUCCUUACGCUGAGGACAAGGUUGCUCACUCUGAGGAACGGUUCCUCACGCUAAGGACAAGGUACCUCGACCUGAGGACAAGGUUCCUCACACUGAAGACAAGGUUCCUCACGCUGAGGACAAGGUUCCUCAAGCUGAGGAGAAGGUUCCUCACGCUGAGGACAAGGUACCUCACACUGAGGACAAGGCACCUCACACUGAAGACAAGGUUCCUCACGCUGAGGACAAGGAUCCUCAAGCUGAGGACAAGGUACCUCACACUGAAGACAAGGUACCUCACACUGAGGACAAGGUUCUUCACGCUGAGGACAAGGUUCCUCCCGCUGCGGACAAGGUUCCUCAAGCUGAGGACAAG